AGACGCGCCCCGGACGCAUUUGUCGUCGUGCGUAAAAGGCAGGACGGGACGCGUGUGCGCGCAGUGAAGUGCCGUCCCCCUGCUGCGCACCUGGCACAGAGGAGGACAGGUAGACGGAGGAGCGGAGCCGGAAGAACGAGCAGGUCGACUCACCUACGAGGACUUUUUUUUUUUUUUUUUUUUGAAAGUAACCCUGAGCGCGUCUGAGACUGCACUCAGUGCGUCUGCGGAGCUUCUUCAAACAGCAGGUUUUUAUGCAGAGAAACAGCAGCGGCGGAAACAUGUCAACAGAACAAGGAAAGAAGCUGAUCCUGAUCGUGGUGGAUAUUCUGUGUGUCUUUGUUGCGGCUCUGCCCUCAGCGAUCCUGACCAUAAGGUUCAGCCCGUACCAGAGGGGCAUCUACUGCGAUGACAAGAGCAUCAGUUAUCCCUACAGGAGAGACACCAUCUCCCAUGGGGCCAUGGCCGCUGUCACCAUCACCUGCUCCAUUGUCAUUAUAACCACAGGAGAGGCCUACCUUGUGUACACCAAACGUCUGCACUCCAACUCCCAGUUCAACCAGUACCUGUCAGCUCUGUACAAGGUGGUGGGCACCUUCCUGUUUGGAGCAGCUGUCAGUCAGUCGCUGACGGACCUGGCCAAGUUCACCAUAGGCCGCCCUCGCCCCAACUUCUUAUCUGUGUGUGCCCCCGCGGUCUGUAACGGAUACAUGCUGCAGAUCAACUGCACCGGUAACCUGCGCAACGCCACCGAGUCCAGGUUGUCGUUCUACUCCGGCCACUCGUCCUUUGGGAUGUACUGCAUGCUCUUUCUGUCGCUCUAUGUCCAGGCCCGAAUGCAGGGGAAGUGGACGCGUCUGGUUCGACCCACCAUCCAGUUCUUCCUGUUGGCGUUUGCUUUUUAUGUGGGAUACACUCGAGUGUCGGACUACAAACACCACUGGAGUGACGUGCUGGUGGGCCUGCUGCAGGGGGCUCUGAUCGCCAUACUCACUGUGCGAUAUGUGUCAGACUUCUUCAAGCGGCGGCCUCCUCCCUGCACACAAGCAGACCCAGCAGAGAGCGAACACCUGGAACGCAAGCCCAGCCCACAGCCUCCCGACUCCCAGCACGGAAACCACUACAACUACUCUGGAGCCGUAUGAGUGCGUUUAACACGGCCACUAACAGCUACUCCUACUAACCCAGACUCCACUUUUCUAACAGCAGCACCUUCACCAGAAGGAUCGAGGACGUGGAAAGAAUCCAAAGGCAGUUCAGUAACCACUACCAGGACAGCCAGAGUCAGAGCAGACCUGCUCCGCUCUGACACCACCUCACAGCAGUUUUACAGCUUAAAAAAACUUAGAGAUUCCCAAGACCUGUUGGGACAGAAGCUCUUCUUUCUCUUUUAGUUUGGGUGUGAGUGUUGCAGAAAUGUGUGACUGAUUUGUAAUGUGUUUUUAUGUAUGGUGUGUUGUUAAGUGUGACAUUGUGCAAUUAUUUUAUACAUAAAUAUGUAUGUAUUAUCAUAUUUUCCUUAAUCCUUUUAUAGAAUUUACCGAAAGACAUUUAAGAUUGAUGGCAGAAGUGACUGCUGAGGAUAUCUGUAAAAUUUCAAACGCACCACCGUGUCUUUUUUUUCUGUCCUUGAGCGAAGGCAGAAAGUUUGAACUUUUUGUCUGUUGUUUAGCUGCAGUCAGAUAAAACUGCUGUUAUUUUUAUCGACACUGGAAAGCAGAUUACAGUAUACAGUAUCUGUCCUGUCCCCUGACACUUUAGCCAUUUCACUCUGCAGAUAUCUCCAUGUUUUACUAUCUCUAGAAGAUAUGCAUGUGUAAUCAUGGACUGCUUUUACUGUUAUAAGUACACAGCUAUGUAUUGUGCUAUUUGUUUAUAACUACUGUAUUAAUAAAUUGUGUAGCUUUUGAAGAAUGUACUAUCAUUACUUAGCUGUGAAGUUACACUGCCUGAAUUGAAUGUUUUUUUCUUUAUAGACACAAACUUUACCUUUUUUUAAGCAUCUGGAGAUUUUCAAUUGAAAUAGUAAAAUGCACAUGAUAUUAAAGUUGAAUGUUUCAUUCA